AUGAAGAAAGACACACCAUUCACUUUCACAAAUCCAAAAACAACAAUAGCCAGUGAUCCAUGCACAGAUACUUCAGAUGUUUUUCGUGCAGAGCGUAAACUAUCUUUGAUGUAUACAGAUAGAAUAGCUUCUUUAAGCACUCCCACUAAACCAGAAGCUAAAAACUUGUUCUUCGGUAUAGAUUCAGACGAAAAAAAUAAAAGUACUGCUGAGGAUCAGAGGCUUAAGGCACACUGGAAUACUGAGGAAAAUUCUUUUUGGAUUAAAGAUAUAGGAUAUAGAGAAGAAGUUCAAAAAGUAAUCAAAGCAAUAGCUAAAGAGAUAAAACUCUUACAUAUGCCUGUACCGAUGAUUGACAAUCUAGGUUUUAUCUUUAAGCAGACAGAAGAUCUAGCUGCACAGGCAGCCUCGUUUAAGGUUGGCCUGAUAGCAGCAAGCAUAGAUCUGAAUUCUAGACCGGAUCUUGCAUGUUUACGAGCAGAACUAGUAGAAUACAGCAGAAGUCUCAUAGUAAUGGAGAAGUUUGGCAUUGUUAUUGAGUGGAAGGAUGUUGAAAAAUUCUUAUUGCAUGUUAUAACAAAAUGUAAUGUAGAAAGGACGUAUAAGCUUCCCACGCUUGAUAACUGCCAAGGAAACUGGAUAACCUGGAUAGGAAAGGUCCUUGAUGACAUAUCCAAUAAUAGAUACUCAUUCAAAGCUCUCUUUCUGCAAAUUAAAAAAAACCCUUCUCGUUUCCCCACUAAGUGGGAUAGAAUUAACUAUGACAGAAGCAUGCAUCAAAUACACGCUGAUAUGCUUAUUUGUCUACCAAGUGAGUAUAUAAAAAAAUAA